UACAAGAGAGGAUGGAGAGGGAUGAGGCUUCAACCCACAAGCCCAAAGUGGGCAAAUCAGGGCACAAAUGUCCAAUUUGUGGGCUUGAGUACAAUGAUUUGAUGCAACACCUGAAACUAGGUGAACAGGUGUGCAACAAAACCGAACUGAACCUUCUCUGCAAGUUGUCACACAGACAUUUCACGGCCAACUUGGAUUGCCCGGUCCGACUGUGCGACUCCAGGAAAAUAAACAGGCUGGACAAGCACCUGCGGAAAGUGCACAAGCUGGGGAACAAUAUGGUGACAUUAUACGUCCAAAAGGCAAAGGACCGUCACAUUGCGAGAGAACUGGCGUUGCUGAGGGCGUCCAAACCCUACCCACCGAUGGUAUCCCAUCUCGAUGAGAUCGAUGAAGCAGCGAUAGAGGAGGGGAUCAGGAGGAAGUUCGAGGACCCUUCAUCAGUCCCACAUGACGGUGAGGUCGUGGCCCUCUCCGCUGCUAAGCCGUUUGAAACUCCUUCCGCCAGUGCGACGCCGUUGAACAAACCUGCCAGCCGUUCACCGAGAAAAACGUUGUUUAGGAGGAACAAGCCGGUUGUGAGGACUCCACCCCCCCGAUGCAAGAACUGUGUGAUCCUUGCUGCUGAGCUGAAGGUGGUGAAAGAGCUGCUGGAAGCCGAAAUAGAACGGAGUGACGAACUAAAACAGUUGCAUUCUUCAACCAGUCGAAAAAAGGCUCCUGGCCCCGCCCCCUCCACAGGAUCAGCCAAUCAGAAGAGACGUCGGUGAGAAACAGACAGAAGAUCUGGGCCCGUAUCCCUAAAGAUUCUGAGAAUCCUCUCAGAGAGCUCCUAACUUAACCUAAAAAUUCCUUGCCAGGGCCCGUAUUCAUAAAGAAUCUAAGAAUCCUCUCAGAAAACUCUUAA